AGCCUGGGCUGCGAGCGAGGGUGGGACGGUCGCGGCUCCCCGGGCGGCCGAGGCGGCGGAGGCGCAGGCAUGAGGACGGCUGCGUGGCUUCAGUGAGCGCACCGGGAUGUGCAGGCCGGGGGCCGCUGGCGGGCUGAUGGGGGAGGGAAGGAGCAGCCUGUGAAACGGGGUGACGGCGGCGACCAGCCCGGGCGGGGACCGGGACUGGAAAAGGCGUGUGAGCAGCCGGCUGGUCCGGCGGCUGGGUCAGGGCUGGGGGCACCGGGACUUGAGAGACGAACGCCCGGCUCAGCCUGCCGAGGCGGGAGGGGGCGCCUUUACCGGUGCGGAGGGACGAAAGGGAAAGUGAGGUUUGGAGGAAACGGGAUCUUGGAAAGUGGCCGGAAGUGGAGAGAAGCUGGUAAGAGGCGUCGGUGCAAGGAACCCAAGAGAGAAGGGGGGUCUGUGUAAGUGGCCGAGAGGAUCAGGUGACAAGAAAGAAGGUCCGUGUAAGUGAAGGGAAGGUGCGCUGUGGCUGGGUCAGCGGGGAAGCGGAGAAGGUCGGCGGAAGUGGGCAGAGAACCGAGGGGAAAGCCGUGGAAGUGGCUGGGCUCCGGGGCCGGAACUGUGCCAGGCUUGGCCGGAAGGCCGCGGAGCAGAGCGCAAACCUGAGAGUGUUUGGAAAUUGGAAGACCUGGUGGCGAACCGGGGUCGGGACUCAGAUCCUGCCUCGGAGAGCGGGCGACGACGUGUCCGCGAUGUGGGAUCGGAGGCUGGUAAGGCUGGCCUUGUUGCAGCAGCUUCGGGCCGUCCAUGGUAUUAAGGUCAAGAGUGGCCGUGGGCAGUGCGAUCGCAGGAUACCUGAGACAGCAGCCACCGAAACAGUGGGUAAAAUAUUUGGAGUACCUUUUAAUGCAUUGCCCCAUUCUGUUGUACCAGAAUAUGGACACAUUCCAAGUUUUCUUGUUGAUGCUUGCACAUCUUUAGAAAAGCAUAUUCAUACAGAAGGGCUUUUUAGGAAGUCAGGAUCUGUUAUUCGUCUAAGAGCCCUAAAGAAUAAACUGGAUCAUGGUGAAAGUUGCCUGUCAUCUGCACCUCCUUGUGAUGUUGCAGGACUUCUUAAGCAGUUUUUUAGGGAGUUGCCAGAGCCCAUUCUUCCAGCUGAUUUGCAUGAAGCACUUUUCAAAGCUCAACAGUUAGGAACAGAGGAGAAGAAUAAAGCUACAAUAUUGCUCUCCUGUCUUAUGGCUGACCACACAAUUGAUGUAUUAAGAUACUUCUUUAACUUUCUCAGGAAUGUUUCCCUUAGGUCCAGUGAGAAUAAGAUGGAUAGUAGCAAUCUUGCAGUAAUAUUUGCACCAAACCUCCUUCAGACAAGUGAAGGACAUGAAAAGAUGUCUGCUAACACAGAAAAAAAGCUACGAUUACAGGUUGCAGUGGUGCAGACUCUUAUUGAUUAUGCAUCAGAUAUUGGGCAUGUUCCAGAUUUUAUCCAGGAAAAGAUACCAGUUAUGUUGGGUCUUGAUGGUCUCUGUGCUACUCCAUCAUUAGAAGGCUGUGAAGAAGGUGAAUGUGAAUCUCCUGGUGAGUGUAAGAGAAAGCGAAGACAAAGUGUAGGAGAUUUUGUUAGUGGAGCAUUAAGUAAACUUAAAUCUAACAGAACACCCUCUGUUACACCUCAACAGGAAAAAAAUGCCCAGCUAUCCAUAUCACCCACAAUUCUUACACCAAAUGCUAAGCGUAAACUGCCAGUGGAUUCUUCUCAUGGUUUCUCAAGUAAGAAGAGGAAGUCCAUCAAGCACAAUUUUAACUUUGAGUUCUUGCCAGCUAAUCUUUUCAGUAGCAGUUCUACGCCAGUAUCAGUUCCCUUUGAUACAAGCCCAGAAGGGUCAUCUCAGAAUUCACUCUCUCCUGUUGCCAUCAGUGGAAACCAUUUGAUCAGCACAGGUGUGCUAAGGCGAAGUAAGAGGAUUGCAAGCAAAAAAGUUUGCAGGGUGGAAUCAGGAAAAGCAGGCUGCUUCUCUCCCAAGAUCAGUCGUAAAGAAAAGGUCCGAAGAUCUCUUCGUUUGAAGUUUAGUCUGGGGAAAAGUAGCAAAGAGAUAAAUGGGUGUUCUGGUGUUGACAGAUAUGAAAAUGUUGGUCGACGACUUGCAAAUCAACAAAGUUUAAAAAAUAGAAUUGAGUCUGUAAAAACAGGUCUGCUUUUUAGCCCAGAUAUUGAUGAAAGAUUAACAAAGAAAGGUUCAAAAAAGAUCAGUAAGUCUGAGGAAAACUUACUAACUCCAGAGCAUCUAGAUGGAACAAGUUACCGGAUGUCUUGGACAGGACCUAGUAAUUCUAGUUUUCAAGAAAUAGCUACAAAUGAAGCCUCUCCACUCAAGGGAAAUCUUAAGGUGGAAAGCGCUUCUUUGGAGCCUGAUACUCCAGUUGAAAAGUCCUCUCUUGGUUCAUAUGAACUCACCCCUUCUACUCUACACGAUAAGCAUAACAUCAACGUAACUAGAAGCUCUUUUAGUGGGGAUGAAAAUAACUUGACCACAGAGACUUUGGUGAAAAUUCAGAGAGCAUUUUCUGAAUCUGGAAGUAAUUUCCAUGAAUUGAUAAAUCACAGGCAGUCAUCAGUAACUAAUUUGGGGAAAGUAAAGCUAAAUGAAACACCUUCUAUAGAAUAUAGCCCAGAAAAAAAUCUAUUUGAAACUAAUGAUUUGACUGUGAUAGAAUCGAAUGAACAUCAAACUAGUACAGAUGAAAAUAGUUUGUCAGAACAAGACAUCUCACUACAUCAAACUCAAAAAUUGGAUAGAGAAACAACUAUAACAUGUUAUUCAACUCAUAUGAAGAUUGAACAUGAGAAAAGCACCCAUUCCAAUAUACCUAGAGAUAAUUCAGUCCAGCCAGAAUUGCCUAGUGAUGAACACAUAAAGAAUCAGCAGUCCACAAGGGAUAAACUAAAUACUCAAUUAAAGGAGAACGAGAAUAUGAUUGAGGAGAACUUACUAGAAUGUGCAGCUUCUAGGGAGGUUGCAGCUGACACCUGUUCCUCAGAGCAGAUUACAUGUAAUAUAACAAAUUUGCCCAAACCGAGGCCAGUGCGAAUCGUUAAGCAGCAGUCACUGGUGGAAACCUGCCAUACAACUAUCUCUGAAAGCUCACAAAUGACAGAGCAUGGGAAGGUGUCAGACCACAUACAAUGGUUUAAUAAGCUUUCUCUCAAUGAAUCAAAUAGAACCAAAGUUAGAUCACCUCUUAAGUUUCAGCGUACACCUGUCCGUCAGUCUGUCAGAAGGAUUAACUCCUUGUUGGAGUACAGCAGGCAACCUGUAAGGCACAAAUUGGCAAGUCUUGGUGAUGCUGCUUCUCCUCUGGUUAAGUCAGUGAGCUGUGACAGUGCUCUUUCCUCUGGUGUAGGGAGUACAUCAAAAGAUUACUUGAUUUCAUAUACUAAAUCAGGUCCUAAAGAACAGAAAUUUACAGCAUGUGAACAGCCAGAUGUUGAUGCAAUUUCAAGAUCAGGCAUGGAGUCAACUUCCCAAUCUUUCUCAAAAAUGAAGAGACACCCUGACUCCAUGAAGGCUUCUCGCGGGUCUACCAGAGUUUGUAAACAGGAAGUGAUAUCCGAUGGCCAAAUUAAGAUUCCCUUGGAUGACCUGACCAAUCAUGACAUAUUAAAAUCUGUUGUAAAUAAUAAUACGGGCUUUUCUCCUGGGAUAAAUCGAGUCCUUAAGAAGCCGUCAGAAAAAGAGAGGGUCUGGUAUAAAGGUUCUCCGAAAAAUCCUUUUGGAAAAGCUCAGCUACUACCAACCAGUAAACCUGUAGACUUGUAAUUGGUAGAUGUUAAUAUUUGUUAAUGUAAAUAAAAUUAGUAGUUGGCAAUGGGCCUGGCAGGAUAAUCUGCAUGUUAGUUUGUUAGCUCAGGAAGAUUAAGUGAUAGAUUUUAAUUUAACUGCACAAGCAACUUGAAUUCUUAGACGCUUGUAUAAAUGACUUUUGUUUUUCUUAAUUAUGGCAGUAUUUAAACUUGUUAAUUGUAUCAUGAUCUCUUAAAGCAGAGGUUACACUUUGCCUUUUGAAAGAAAUUGUUGGCUUGGUUUGUGAGAAAUUAAUUUUUGAAAAUUGUAUGAAUUUUGUAUUAAGUGUGAUCGGAAGAAUGAAAUGAGUUGUCCCUAUUUCCUGUUAUUCCUCCUAAGUCAGAGAAGGGCUCUAUAAGAUAUUUCUAACAUGUAAAGGGAAGAGAUAAGCCUGACAAAUCUUAUUUCUUGAAUUACAUUGAUAUUUGUGGAUUUUGCCAAAAUCCCUAGAAAUUGACUAGUUUCAAUAGCAUCUUAAUCCUGUACUCCUAUUUGGGGCAGAGUAAUUAGGUUUAUAUUGUCUGUAGUUGUGUACAGUGUGUCCACUUGGACUAAGAAUUAACGGCUAAAGCAGAAUAAUGACCUGAGUGUGCUCUUAGAGAAUAAUGCUGCAGAAAUAAAUGACUUUUGAGCCAUACUAUGUUUUUAAAGUAAAUUUGCACAAUACAUUUGUAGCUGUUUUGUCCGACAAAGAAUUUAAAAUUAUUUAAGGAGGAAUAAUGAAGUUUGGAAAUUUUUAAUCAAGGUGAUUUCUUAUAUGCACAUGCUUGAUUUUAUAAUUUAAAAUAGUUGAUGUAUCUCUACAUUUACUUUGUUUCUUAACUUUUGAUUCUUAUAAAAGCCUAUGAUGGUUUUGUCUGGUGUGUAAAUGUUAUUUAUUUAGCAUAGACAUUAAAGGUAACUUGGAAAAUG